CACUAUAUAAAAAGCUAUGAUGAGGAGGAGGAGGAGGGCAGCCUCAUCUUAACACACCCUUUGCUAUGGUUCAAUCUCCAUUUCUAAUUCCUUCUCUGCACUUUCUUCCACUCUCAUAAAACAUGUUACAAUCUGUGGAUGUCCCUGAUUGUAUCUAUCGUGGGAAGCCAGUGACAAUUUCCCCUAGUGCUCCCACGCCAAAACAUUCUCUCUAUUUGUCUAACCUCGACGACCAAAAGUUCCUAAGGUUCUCCAUCAAGUAUUUCUACCUAUUCAACAAGGCUCUAAGCUUGGACAUCUUGAAGUCUUCUCUGGCAAGAGUUCUAGUGGAUUAUUACCCCUUGGCUGGCAGGUUGAGGAACGUUGAUGAUCACAAGCUUCAGCUGGAUUGCAAUGGAGAAGGUGCUCUUUUUGCUGAGGCUUUCGUCGACACCACUCUUCAUCAGUUACUUGAACCUUCCAAAACUCCAAACAAGUCUUGGAAGAAGUUCUUGUAUAAGGUCGAAGCUCACACUUUCGUAGAUGUUCCUCCUCUUGUAAUACAGGUAACGAGUCUGGGUUGCGGGGGAAUGAUCCUGUGCACCGCGAUCAGCCACUGCCUAUGCGACGGCAUAGGCACGUCCCAGUUUCUACACGCCUGGGCCGAACUCACCCGAAAGCCCGAAUCCGACUUGACCGUGGUCCCCUUCCACUGGCGCCACGUGCUGAAGCCCAGAGACCCCGCCCAGGUAAAGUUCCGUCACCCCUCCUACAGCGCACCAAGGCCAAGCCCAAGGCCAAGCCCAAGCCCAAUCCCUGAAGUGGACCUCCUUCGGUUGAUACAAUCACAAACAUUGGUAGCCACCUCGUUCACGCUCACCCCCUCUCACCUCCUUUGCCUAAAGAAGCAGUGCGUCCCUUCCCUCAAGUGCACCUCCUUCGAGACCCUGGCCGCACACACGUGGCGCUCUUGGAUUCGCUCCCUCAACCAAAGCCUACCCCCGACGCUCCUUGUGAAACUUCUUUUCUCGGUGAACGUUAGAGGCGUGCUUAACCUUCCGAAAGGGUACUACGGGAACGGCUUUGUGCUAGCGUGCGCCGAAAGCAGCGUCCAGGAGUUGGUUGGGUCUAACCUGCGCCAGGCUGUGAGGGUUGUGCAGGAAGCGAAGGCGAGGGUGAAGAGCGAGGAGUAUGUGAGGUCCAUGGUUGAUUUGUUGGAGGACAAAAGGGUCAAAACGGAUCUCUCCACUACUUUCGUCAUUUCCCAGUGGUCAAAGCUCGGGUUGGAGGACCUUGACUUUGGAGAGGGCAAGCCUUUGCAGAUGGGUCCCUUGACUAGUGAUAUUUACUGCUUGUUUUUACCGGUUGCCGGGGACGCUCAAUCCCUCAGACUCCUCCUCUCUGUGCCAGAGACCAUGCUAGACUCUUUUCAAUAUCACAUGAAACAAACCUCCCAAAAAUAAUGGAUUCUUCUGACUUUUUUUUUUCUUAAAUAAAAUGAUCAUGAUCACUUUCAUAGGAUGCAAAUCUUAUUCAUAUCUUUAACCAAAAACUUUCCCACCCUACCUCAUGCUUAUUAUUAUCAUUACUCUCUCCAUUACUUCCAAAUUACAACUUUGUGUUUAAGCAUAGGCUGCCCCGUCAUCAUGGAUCAUUUUCCACUCAAAGGGGGACGGGUAAUUAUUGUAGCCAUUAAAUUAUAAAGGUUUUAGACUUUUAGUUCCA